AACCAAAUGUACCAAAUAUCUCUCAGAGCAUUUAUAGCAAACAUCUUAAACUUCUCUACCAUUAUCUAAUCUCAAAUCUUUUAACCCUUCUAUUCCUUUAAUUAUAGUUGCAUUUAUGGAAGCUUUGAAGAUGAAUCUUGACGAUUUAACUCGUCUGGGGAGCUGCCUACAGAAUAAUCUCAUCGUCGUCGCUUUCGGCUCUAUUUGUCUCAUUUUCAGCCUCAUCAUUUAUUUUCUGAUCAGACCAAGACCGGUCUACUUGAUUGAUUUCUCUUGUUAUCGAGCUCCUGAUAACCACAAAGCUUCGAAAACAAUGUUCAUGGAGCACUCCCGGCAAUUCGGAGUUUUCGACGAAUCUUCACUCGAUUUCCAGGAAAAGAUUUCGAAACGUUCCGGGGUAGGAGACGAAGCGUAUCUUCCGGAAGCCGUCCGUCAUAUUCCUCCCCGGCCGACGAUUGCCCUAGCCAGAGAAGAAGCUGAAAUGGUUAUGUUUGGUGCUUUAGAUAAUCUGUUUGCUAAUACUAAAUUAAACCCUAAAGAUAUUGAUAUUCUUGUUGUCAACUGUGCUUUGUUUAACCCUGCUCCGUCCCUUUCUGCUAUGAUCGUGAAUAAGUACAAGUUAAGGACCGAUAUUGUAAGUUUUAACUUGGGUGGUAUGGGCUGUAGCGCCGGAGUUAUAGCCGUCGGGCUUGCGAAAGAUUUGCUGCAAGUUUACCGGAACUGCAAUGCAGUUGUGGUUAGCACAGAGAUCAUAACCCUAAAUUGGUACAAAGGAAAUGAGAAAUCCAUGUUGAUUUCUAACUGUAUAUUUAGGGUUGGAGGAGCAGCAAUGCUUCUUUCUAAUAAAUCAAGCGAUAAACGACGCGCCAAGUAUAAGCUUCUUCAUGUCGUUCGGACGCAUUUAGGCGCCGAUACCAAGGCGUUUAACGCUCUCCGGCAACAGCAAGACGGUGAAGGCAACGUUGGGGUUUUAUUAACAAGAGAUGUUAGCCCUAUUUCUGGUAAGGCUUUGAAAAUUAAUAUGACUAAGUUGGGUCCUUUGGUGUUACCUAUUAGCGAGCAGCUUCUCUAUUUAGCAACUCUUAUUGUUAACAAGCUGUUUAACGAGAAGGUGAAGCCCUACGUGCCGGAUUUCAGGUCCGCAUUCGACCAUUUCUGUAUACACGCCGGAGGAAGAGCUAUAAUUGACGAGCUAGAGAAGAAUUUGAAGCUUUCACCGGAAGAAGUGGAGGCGUCGAGGAUGACUCUUCAUCGAUUCGGAAAUACUUCCUCGAGUUCGAUCUGGUACGAGUUAGGGUAUAUCGAAUCGAAGAAGAAGAUGCGAAAGGGCAACCGUGUGUGGCAGAUCGGCCUCGGUGGCGGCUUCAAAUGUAACAGUGCCGUAUGGGUGGCACUUCGAGACAUCAAGCCGGCGCUUAAUUGUGCAUGGAGUGACUGUAUAGAUAAGUAUCCGGUUCAUCUAGAGACUUAAUUAAUAAUUGGAUUAAUUACUAUCACCCUUAAGUUUAUAUCAAAAUUAUCAUUAUUUUCUCCAAAAUUUUCAAAAACAAAACGUUGUUUCUCCCUAACAUUAUGAUCCAUUUAACUAAAAUUCCAAUUUUAAUUGAAUUUCAGUUAUCUCAUAUCUUAAAGUCUGAAAAAACAUUAUUUUUUUUUAAAUUUAAGGGAAAAGAAAUAAUUUUUAUAUAAUUUCAAGGGUGGAAUAGCAAAUUAUGGCAGUUGUUAAGUUUGUGAGAUUCACUUGGAUUAUGGAGCAUAGUUGUUUGCUUGUUAUUAUGUUAUGUAUUUGUGUGAUUAAGACACUUAAAUUAUGUUAUGUAUUGGUGUGAUUAAUUAGGACACUUAUUAUGUUCAGUGUGCUUCUUGUUCAAGUACAGCAAUUAGGCUUACUUUGAGCUAUGAAUUAAUGUAUACCUUUACUUUAUUUUUUUGUCAAUAAAAACAUAUUAAGGUUUCAAUUAA